GUGGGGCUCACACAGGCUGGGGCACUCGGGCCUCCUCGUGGGCACUCCUGCAGCUGCCACCCCAGCGGAGCCCUGCCGAGGGCCUAGGCCUUCUCCCUUGUGUGCCCUGCCUGGGGACCAGGAGGCCCGCAGCCCUGCUCCCAGCCAGUGCCCUCUCCUGCCCAUGGGGACACUCGUGGCCAAACUGCUGCUGCCCACCCUCAGCAGCCUGGCCUUUCUCCCCACUGUCAGUGUGGCGGCCAAGAGGCGUUUCCACAUGGAGGCCAUGGUCUACCUCUUCACCAUGUUCUUCGAGGCGCUCCACCACACCUGUGAGGGGCCCGGCCUGUCGGUGCUCUGCUUCCUGCGCCAGGAUCUCCUGCAGUACUUCAGCAUCUACGGGACGGCGCUGAGCAUGUGGGUCUCCCUGAUGGCGCUGGCCGACUUUGACGAACCUCAGAGGUCAACGUUUGUGAUGCUUGGCGUCCUGACCAUCGCCGUGCGGACCUACCACGACCGCUGGGGUUAUGGGGUGUACUCGGGCCCCAUCGGCAUGGCCGUCCUGGUCAUCGCAGCCAAGUGGCUGCAGAAGAUGAAGGAGAAGAAGGGCUUGUACCCCGACAGGAGCGUCUACGCCCAGCAGAUAGGCCCUGGCCUCUGCUUUGGAGCGCUGGCCCUGAUGUUGCGCUUCUUCUUUGAGGAUUGGGACUACACCUAUGUCCAUAGCUGCUACCACUGUGCCCUGGCCAUGUCCUUCUUCCUGCUGCUGCCCAAGGUCAACAAGAAGGCUGGAAAUGCAGGGCCCCCGGCCAAGCUGGACUUCUCCACGCUUUGUUGCACUUGUAUCUGAUCACACUGCCCAGCUCCAAGCCCUGCCCUCCUGUUUAGGGACCAGAGUCCCACAGACUCUCCUGGGGUCCUCCUGUCCUUCCCACCCGGGGUGUCCAGGAGGAACAGUCUCUCCCACAUCCUGAGAGACCCGCAGGGUGGCGAGACCCUCCAGGCUCUGCUACCUGUUCACUCUGCCGACUCUGUGCUCAGCGCUGCGCUGGGAGGAAAGGAACUUUCCCUCUGAAGCUCAUGACCCACGGGUGCACCUGAUGACCCUGAGGCCAGUGUCUGUCCUCCCCGUCCCUCCCCUCUUCACCUAUGGUGGCUAGGGCCCACUGCUUUCCACAAAGGGGGCUGCCAGCACCCUUGGAGGCCAUGCCCACCAAGGAGACUGAUAUCGCCUCUAUUAUCCCUGUGCCCAGGCUCUGAGUGGCCCCAUUUAGGACACUGGGCCAGGCCUGCCCCUCUGUCCACCCCUCCAGCCGGGUUCUGGAUCAAGCUGUCUCAAUGACAAUAAUCAACAAGAAGCUCCCAA